UUUGAACACCUAAUAAUAUUGGACUAACAGUAAUUUUUUAAAAUUUUAUUUUUUUUAAAAAAAGCAGGAAGAAGCAGGGUAGGGAUGCAGCGAAAUACCCUAGUGCCCCUUUUACCACCUUGUUUUCUGCACUGUUGUUGAGUGAGUGGUGUCAGGCCAAAAGAUCUUUAACUUAAAAUCUGAGGGCAAAAGUACUCACCUAAAAAGCAGCUUCUCCGAGAGGAGGAAGUGAUGCAGUGCAGGAUUAGUUGUUGGCAACACUUGUGCCGCCGCCCUUCCUCACUUUAAGCAUAUAAACGUGCUUUACGUGCUGGAGGCGAGCACUUACUUAUCUUGGAGCCUUAACAACAACGUAGGGAAAGAGAUGACCAAUUUUGCUGCCGCCAGAGGCCCUAGUCGGUGUCUGCCUUAGCCAAGGUCACACCUCGACCUGUCCCAGAUCUCACCUCAAGAAUUUCACCGCGUCUCAGUCGAGAAUAUGGCCCGCCGGUGUAUCUUUGAGCGCUCCCUCGGGAGGGGCGGGGCUUCCUGUCGGCGCGGAGCUGCUUCCGGCGCAUCGGUCCGCCCGGAGCCGCUAGCGCUCUUGGGCAGGAGGGGCCCGGACAGCUCGCGACCUUGUGCUCCUGGUUCAUCUCUUUCUUCUUCCGGGCCUCCCUCUCUUGCAAAAAUCCCUAGCUCGGUCUCCUCCCCCGGCCUGGCUCUUUCAUUCAAUCGGGGGAGUAGGCGGGUCCCGAUUGCCGAGAGAAACCCGCGGGCAACGGGGCGAGGUGUUGCGGAGUUGGGACUCGGGACCACACAAAGGACCUGAUGCCCGAGCCAGGUCUUCAGGAAUAAGCGGGAGGUUGUUUUAUUUAAGGUGCAGGGCACUGUGCUAAAUGCUUUACCCACAUUAUCACAACUGUAGUGAUGUAGACUAGCAUUCUCCCCAUUCUAUUGUGGAAGCUGAAGCCUCAGUAACUUUGCUCCGCUUAUUCAGUAAGUGAUGAGUCAGAAAUCGACUUCCCAAGCCUAGACUCAACCAUACCUCUGCACUGUCUCUCUACUAUACUGUAAGCCGACUGACAUAUUCUUUGAACAUCUUUUGUUCAGCUCUGUAAUCGUGGGCCCUCUGAGGGGAUACAGCGAGAUAGAAGCCCAGCCUCUGUCUUCUAGGUUGUAUACACCUGAACCAGUUGACUAAAAAGGCAAAGCGCUCCAGUGAGUGGUGCCGGCUGUUCAGAGGAGGGACAGACAGAUGGCAAUCAGAGUGCGUCAAGAAGAAUGCUGACCUGAGCUGGGUGUGAUUUGGAAGAUCAAUGGAAGAACAUUCCAGGUCGGGGGCAGCCAAAGCAAAGACUCACAGGAUUCUGCCCUGGCCCUCGGGUUUUCAUCUGAUGGCUGGCAUCUUGGGGAUCUUGUUUUCGUAAGAUUGUUGGAAUUCCUGUGAUCAUCAUAUGAAGGCUUCCCCUGGCCUCAUCACAUCCCAUAUCCUGGAGUUGUCCUAAGGAACCUUGGUUUAGACACCCGAGUAUCAAGUUCUCUUCCGGAGGAAUUCUCCAGUCUUGGUGGCAUGUGGACCCCAUUUGGGGUAACUCUUUGGCAUGAUAAUCUGACACAGCUGUCUAUCCCCAGGUGUAAUUUGUCCAUUUUUGAAAACUGGCCCUGCUGCCUCUUUUCAGAACCAUUAACCCUGUACCUGGAAGUGUCUCCUAACCUUGGGGUGCUCAAGUUCAGUUGGACACUCUGCUUCAUUCUGGAAAAAAAAUAUGUGGGCUCCGGCUCAGGCAGCAUCAAGACAGGCCAGGCCUGCAGACCCUCCAAGAGGACAAAACCCCUCUUCCUCACUGUAGAGCUGGAUUCAUCUUACUGGAUAACCUCCAUGGUCUCUUCCACAGUUCUGCUGCAGCUGCUCCUCAGCCCAGGCCCCAAGGCACAGCAAUCCCUGUGGAAGUAGAUGAUGUCAUCUGGGGAGGCAGCAACAUUUGAGGAUCUGACCAAAGACUGGAAGUAUUAGGAAGCCCCUCAGAAGGACUGCAGCAGAGGCAUAAUGCUGAACAGUUACGAGAAUGUGGUCCCUCAGGGAGACUUCUUAGAAUUCUCCAUGACACCACAGAGAGCUGGAAAUAAUCCCCCUGGUGUUUCAAGUCCAAGUGAAACAGAAACGGACAUAAGUACCAUGAGAGAAAAGUUUCUCACCAGUGUGACCAAGUUGGUAGAAAGCAAAAGUUACAACAGCAAGGUAUUUUCCAAAGAAAAGUACUUUCAAACAAUUAAGGAAGUCAAAGAAGCUAAAGAGAAGGGGAAGAAGUCAUCACGUGAUUAUCGCCGUGCAGCAAAAUAUGAUGUGAUUUCUGUAGAAGGCACAGAGAAACUCAUAGAGGCUGCUCACCGAGAACGAGAUCGAAUACGGUAUUACGUACACAAGGAAGAGUUGUUUGACAUCCUUCAUGACACACAUCUCAAUAUUGGCCAUGGCGGGCGGACACGCAUGCUCAAGGAGCUGCAAGGCAAAUAUGGGAAUGUCACCAAAGAAGUCAUUGUCUUAUAUCUGACUCUGUGUAAACAGUGCCACCAGAAGAACCCAGUACCCAAGAGAGGCCUUGCACCCAAGCCCAUGGCAUGUAAGGACAAUGACUCCAGAUGCCAAGUUGAAAUCCUUGAUAUGCAGUCAAAUGCUGAUGGGGAAUUCAAGUUCAUUUUGUAUUACCAGGACCACUUAACCAAGUUCAUUAUUUUACGGCCAUUAAAAGCAAAGCAGGCCCAUGAGGUAGUCAGUGUCCUGUUGGAUAUUUUCACAAUUCUUGGUCCACCCAGCGUGUUAGAAUCUGACAGCGGCAUAGAGUUCACAAACCAGGUUGUUAAUGAGCUCAAUGAGGUAUGGCCAGACCUAAAGAUUGUCCUUGGUAAAUCCCACCCUGGCCAAGGCCAGGGCUUCCUGGAGCGAGCAAGCCGUGAUGUCAAGACCAUGCUGAGUGCCUGGAUGCAGAGUAACCACUCCUGUCAUUGGACCGAAGGCCUGCGAUUCAUGCAGAUGGUGAGGAAUCAGGCCUUUGAUGGUUCCUUGCAGCAGAGUCCGUAUGAGGCAAUGUUUGGUUGUAAAGCCAAAUUUGGACUCUAUUCCUCACAUUUGCCCCGGGAAACCGUGGCUGUUUUACACACAGAGGAGGAGCUAGAAAUUGCUGAAGAACAACUGGAAAGCAGCCUCUGGGUCAGGCAGGAAGAGAGGGCUGAGGUUGGAGCAGACCGGUCUGACAUGGACGAGGACGUCGAUCCCACACCUCUCGAAGCCUCGGAGCCCAGCACCUCCCAGGCGGCCUCAGGUCUCUCCCAGUGAACAGACAUCUGCUGGUGGCCGCUGGGUGCCUCUGGGUGCCGUAGAGCCACCUGAGAGCUGUAGCCAAGACCCCAGAUGAAAGGAGUGAAGGCCGCUCUCUCAGGAGCGCUGUUCUUGGUAGUCCUGGGUCA